AUGCCCGUACUGUGCCAGAUCUCAUGCUCUGCUGUCCUCGCCGUGGCUGUCACGCGGGGAGGGGAAGAGUGGUGGUCUUGGUCCAGCUGUGGCGGUAGUCAUGGCGACCCCAGGCUACACAGAAGAGCUCCAGCCGGCCCCCAGCCCAACGCUGUCACCAUAGCAACGCAAUCAGCCACGCCCUCCCGCUCCACGCCAACCCAGUUCAACCAGUCAGUGUCCAUUGUCUCCACAACCGGACAGGACAAACUUCCUGCUCAAGCCACGCCCACCAAGGCCCAGAAGACAGUGGUUCUGGCCACGCCUUCUCAGACUCAGUUUGUUACCGCGGAGAUCCAGAGUUCUGCCGUUCAGCAGAGUAACGGACAGAGUUCCACACCACAGUACAUCGUAGUGACCGUUACAGAGGGCUCUCUCCAUUCUAGUGACAGUGUAUCAGACUCCAGUCCUCCAGUAGUAGUGGUUCAGACAGGGGUCCCCACCCAGGUAGUACAGCAGACCACCCAACAGGUGCAGCAGCAGCAUGUUUACUCCAGUCAGGUUCAGUAUGUGGAGGGAGAGGACUCUUCUUACACCACCUCUACCAUUCGUUCUGGCAGCUACCCGUACUCCGACUCCCCCCUCUACUCCCAGACCCCUCCCUCUUCCUCCUCUUCCUACUACGAAUCCACGCCCACCUCGGGGUCACAGGUCACUAACUCCGUGACUUCACAGUCAGUCUCCGUCACCGCGGCAACGGGAGGAGGUGGGAGUGGUUACGUCAUCCAGGGCGGGUACGUAUUGGGAGGUGGGGGCAGCGGAGGAGUAAACUACUCCAGUCACAACACAAGAGCAGCCCCUGCCACAGUACAGUGGCUGCUAGAUAACUACGAGGGUGCAGAGGGGGUCAGUCUGCCUCGCUGUACCCUCUACUGCCACUACCUCUUACACUGUCAGGAACACAAACUAGAAGCUGUCAACGCUGCCUCCUUCGGCAAGCUCAUCAGAUCUGUCUUCAUGGGGCUGAGGACCAGACGCCUGGGGACACGAGGGAACUCUAAGUACCACUACUAUGGUCUUCGUAUCAAGGCCACCUCCUCUCUGCUCCGUCUGAUAGACGACCACCAGCACCUAGCCUUGAGACAGCAACCCUUCUCUCAGAAACACAGGAUAAAGCCGGUUCUGAAGGUGGAGGGCAUGUCCAAUGGGAUGUCUCUGGGGCGGGAGCAGCAGGGGGCAGGGCUCAGUGACAUCUCAGCUCAGGUGCAACAAUACCAGCAGUUCCUGGACGCGUCGCGGGCGCUGCCCGAGUUCCCAGAGUUGGAUCUGCAGGACAGACCUCUUCCUGACGGGAUCAUUCCAGAACACAUCGCAGCCUUCCAACAGCUCUACAGGGAACACUGUGAGGCCAUUCUGGAUGUGAUGGUGAACCUGCAGUUCACUCUGGUGGAGACGCUGUGGAAAACCUUCUGGAGGUUCAGCGAGAGCAUCGACGCAGACACACUCGGCGUUCAUGGUGAGUCAGAGGAGCGUCUACCUAAGUGGUACCUGGUGGUGCUGUGUAAGUACCAGCCAGUUGUUCACUGGACCAGAGACUGUGAUAACACACUGUACCAGGCGCUGGUGGAGAUCCUCAUCCCUGACGAUAUUGACCCAUCCCCAGUGAGUGCCUUAACUCAGGCCAUCCGUAACUUUGCCAAGAGUCUAGAGAGCUGGCUGACAUGCGCCAUGAUGAACAUACCAGAGGAGAUGGUCCGUAUCAAGGUGGUGUGUGCGGGAGCGUUUGCCCAGACGCUGCGUCGCUACACCAGUCUCAACCACCUGGCCCAGGCAGCCAGGGCCGUCCUCCAGAACACAGCCCAGAUCAAUCAGAUGCUGAGUGACCUCAACAGAGUUGACUUCACCAACGUGCAGGAGCAGGCGUCGUGGGUGUGUGGUUGUGAGGAUGGUGUGAUCCAGAGGUUGGAGCAGGACUUCAAGCAGACGUUACAACAACAUAACUCUCUGGAGCAGUGGGCUGCCUGGCUGGACGGCGUGGUCUCCCAGGUCCUAAAGCCUUACCAACACAGCCCUGCAGCCUUCCCUGCAGCUGCCAAGCUCUUCCUGCUGCGAUGGAGCUUCUACAGUUCCAUGGUGAUCAGAGACCUGACUCUGCGUAGUGCUGCCAGCUUCGGAUCCUUCCACCUGAUCAGACUGCUGUAUGAUGAGUACAUGUACUACCUGAUAGAACACAGAGUGGCCCAGGCUAAAGGAGAGACUGCCAUCGCUGUCAUGGGAGAGUUUGCCAGUGUGGGCAGGAGUCUGAACUCUCAGGACCCUGAUAAAGAUGAGGAAGAGGAUGAGGAGGAGAGUGAUGAAGAGGGGGUAGAGAUGAUCAUGCCGUCUAACUCCGCUGGUCUGGGAGGGGAGGAGUCACUGGAGCCGCCCGUCAAGCUCGCCAGGACUGACCCCCGGGGACUGUUCAAUAGCACACACACAGAGUGACACACACACCUUAAACACACGCUCUCCACUUAGCCGUUGGCUAACAUGACACACACACAUACACACACUCAUCCUUUGCCUUAAUGAUAGUUUGCUAUGAGCCCAUAUGUGAUCCCAAUGCCAUUAAGUUCCUUAUCUGUUCCUGCAACCUAACCUCACACACCCUGUCUGGCUGCACCUUGAUCUCUCGUGUGUGUGUGUGUGUGUGUGUGUGUGUGUGUGUGUGUGUGUGUGUGUGUGAGAGAGAGAGCGAAGGAGAGAGGUUUCACAGCUUGCCUUUUCAUCUCUUUUUAGUGAUCAUGGUUCCUCAUCACAUUCAUUGUGACAUAAGAGACCGUAACCUCUUCACUAGACGGGGUAACAGUCUGUUCCAGAUGGUAACCUCUUCACUAGACGGGGUAACAGUCUGUUCCAGAUGGUAACCUCUUCACUAGACGGGGUAACAGUCUGUUCCAGAUGGUAACCUCUUCACUAGACGGGGUAACAGUCUGUUCCAGAUGGUAACCUCUUCACUAGACGGGGUAACAGUCUGUUCCAGAUGGUAACCUCUUCACUAGACGGGGUAACAGUCUGUUCCAGAUGGUAACCUCUUCACUAGACGGGGUAACAGUCUGUUCCAGAUGGUAACCUCUUCACUAGACGGGGUAACAGUCUGUUCCAGAUUUGACCAACUUAUCCCACUAAUUAACAUGACCACUAGUUUGUCAGCUUGUUGUUGCCGGAUGCAGAAACAGUCUUGUACCAGUACAGUCUGAGGUGUGUUGUAGCACGCUGAACAUUUAAAGGUAAUGUCUGAUUCAGCUGACAUAUGCAACAUUUACCGUCUGUGUGAACAUGCUGAGGAACACUGCCUUUAAAAGGGGCAUUGUCAACAGAGGUCUACAAAGUACCUCUGAUUGAAUCCAGACCUACAGUAACAGUCAACAGUUUGGACACACCUACUCAUUCAAGGGUUUUUCUUUAUUUUUACUAUUUUCUACAUUAUAGAAUAAGUGAAGACAUCACAACUAUGAAAUAACACAUGGAAUCAUGUAGUAACCAAAAAAGUGUUAAAUCAAAAAUAUAUUUUAUAUUUGAGAUUCUUCAAAGUAGCCACCAAAGGGUAGCUUUGGUAACAGCUCGUCUUCACUAUUAUUCUACAAUGUAGAAAAUGGUAUAAAUAAAGAAAAACCCUUGAAUGAGUAGGUGUGUCCAAACUUUUGAUUGGUCCUGUAUGAGUCAGUCAACCUGCAUGCCUAUAAUCUUCUCUGUCCUCACCUUACCCACCCACUGUCCUAACUGCCAUAGAAAGACAUUUACUGUGUUUGUCCUAGCCAGGUGUAGAGUUGUUACAGCAGUCUGUCUUCAGUCCUGAUGAUGUUCACUGACCUCUUAGACAACCACUUAGUGUGUCCCUAUCGGCAUCCUAUCGGCACUGAAACAGGGCACCAUUUAGGACGGCUCAUCAAAGAGUCUUAGUAUGAAUGUUAAUAGCCCUCUGUGAAAUGAGACUGAAGGGGUGUUGAUGUAUUGAAAUCAGUGGAUCAGUCAGACGCUCUAACAGUAGUGUCCUGAUGUAGUUCAGAGGAUGUAAAGGUCGAUACAGGGCAGCGUUCAGAAACAUACCUUUUAGUGUAAUUUAUUAUUUGGACAACUAAGAGAUGACCUGUGCCUUCUACAGCUAGACAACACUUGUGAUUGCAUCCCAAAUGGCACCCUGUAUAGUGCACUUUUUUGGACCUGAGCCCUAUUGACCAUGGUCAAAAGUAGCGCACUAUAUAGGGAAUAGGGUGCCAUUUGGAAGACAACCUGUGUUUUUAAUUAGAUCUGAUUAAUAAAUGAAAGUGUUUCUAAACCUGUCUGCUGACUUGUACAAUCUGACAUUUGUUCCUCACGCUUUGGUAAUGUAUUGUUAUUAAAAUGUUAU